AUAAAGUUGCAGUGAAGAUUCUGAAUCGACAGAAGAUUCGCAGCCUUGAUGUUGUAGGAAAAAUUCGCAGGGAGAUUCAGAACCUCAAACUCUUCAGACAUCCUCAUAUAAUUAAGCUGUAAGUUUUAUUUGCUAUAAUCGGAUUUAUUUAAGCAAUAAUCUCUUUUGCUCUCACUGACUUGAAAUGUGUCCAAAGGGCAGUAGUAUUACCAGUAGCUUUUAGGGAACUAAAUAGCUUCUAAAAAGCAGUAUUCAAUUUUCAGUAUCCCCUGUUAUGCAUUUUCACAACACUGAUCUUCUCUGGGGGUAAGGGAAGUGUGCUUUAAUGUUAUUUUUCUAAUUGUAUUUGUUUUUUUUGUUUGUUUUUGGCCUAGAAUCAAGUUAAGAACAAGGUUGUAAAGUGUACUUCUAUAGGAAGCUUACUGUAUUUUUCCCUCAAUAUUUUUUAACAACAUGCUGAUCAGUUACCUGCGAUUUCUCCGGUGUUGAUGCCUCUGCAAAAUUCUUCUGAAUUAAGGAUGUGCAGUCUGUUAGGUGUGAUCUGAUAUUUCAGAAUUCUUUGAUAUAGCUGUUACCACUUGUCUAGUAUGCAAAAAGGUCGUUGCUUGCCUAUCUGUUAGGCAAUCAUCAGUAGGGUUCAGAGUACAGCUAACUAUGUCCUAGGCGAGACGCUCUGUAAUUUAUUUUCUAAGACUAGAUACAAAUGCCAUUCAUUUUUGGCUUUUGAUAUAGCCUGCCUACGCAUAUAUUAGGGCACGUCUAGAGUGCAGAUGAUUCUCACUCUUAAUUGUGGAGUGGUAGUUUAUUCUUUUAUUGUCAGACUUCUAUUAGGAUCAGGAUACCACUGACAGAUUCUUUUUGGUUUAGGUUUCUUUUAGGUUUAACAAUGACACAUAAACUGGUUCUAAAUCGGAUUUCCAGAUCAUCUCAGUAACUUUCUUCAGUUAAAAGUUCAAGAACAAGUCCAAAACACAUAUCUGCUGCCGAAACAAAUUUUCAAUAUACUAGCCAAGAUAUGUGGCAGAAUAGUAAUAUGUAGCUCUUAAAUCAGCUUAACUGUUUUCAAGUAAACAAUUACUCAGUGAAUAGUGGUGCGAAAUUCUUUCUCUUCAGCAUGUGAAGGGAAGGAUCAAGAUGUAGGAGAUGACAGAAAAGAUUAAUUAUACUCAACUUUUCAACUGUUUGUCUUGACUUUCCAAAGCUGAAGGGUUGUUAUCCUGUGUAAAAAUGCAAUUUGAGCUAUAACUGAUACUCGUGUCCAGACUCGCUGGUAACUUAGGGUUAUGCUGCUUACACUCUUAGAAAUUAGACUGGGGAACUGGUGGGGUGAAAGUAAACAGUUUUUUUCUGCUUAAUGAUAAAUAAGACAACUUCUAAUUUGGAACACUUUAUUAAAAACUUUAUAAAAUGAUUUAUCAGUAUUUAUAACUUUAGAUCUAUCUUUGCAAGACUUCUUUUCUAUGCCGUGCUUUAAUUAAAAACCUCGGAAGUGUCUCCUCCCUGUUCUUUAGACUCUAGUAAUAGAAUGGCUUGUGUUUUCUUCUGUAAAAAUUCUUCCUCCUGCAUUAAGUCAUCCACUCUGUGGAGUUUGACCUUGCUUAUGUUACUGGUAUGUAACUGUUGUGUUCUGCAGUUGCCUUUUCUGUAACUAGAAAAAUGAACUGACUGAAGAGAAGUAUGGUUGCAUCUUCCAAGAGAUGUGGACUGGCUUAUUUUCAGAGAUCAUGAGAGGUUUAUCUUCCAGCAUUUUUCACAGUCUCUCUACCCAAAAAGUGGAAAUCACUGUGGUACCAGGUCAUCAGUACCCCAACUGACAUUUUCAUGGUGAUGGAGUACGUUUCAGGAGGAGAGCUGUUUGAUUAUAUCUGUAAAAAUGGAAGGCUUGAUGAGAAGGAAAGUAGACGUCUGUUCCAACAGAUCCUUUCUGGUGUGGAUUACUGUCACAGGCACAUGGUAGUUCACAGAGAUCUAAAGCCUGAAAACGUGUUGCUUGAUGCACACAUGAAUGCCAAGAUAGCUGACUUUGGUCUAUCAAAUAUGAUGUCUGAUGGCGAAUUUUUAAGAACGAGCUGUGGUUCCCCUAACUAUGCUGCACCAGAAGUAAUUUCAGGAAGGUUAUAUGCAGGUCCAGAAGUAGAUAUUUGGAGCAGUGGGGUUAUUCUCUAUGCACUGUUAUGUGGAACACUUCCCUUUGAUGAUGAUCACGUGCCAACACUUUUUAAGAAGAUAUGCGAUGGUAUCUUUUAUACCCCUCAGUACCUGAAUCCAUCUGUCAUUAGUCUUCUGAAACAUAUGCUGCAAGUGGAUCCAAUGAAGAGAGCAACAAUCCGAGACAUCAGAGAACACGAAUGGUUUAAGCAGGACCUUCCCAAAUACUUGUUUCCCGAAGACCCUUCAUAUAGUUCUACCAUGAUUGAUGAUGAAGCCUUAAAAGAAGUAUGUGAGAAGUUUGAAUGUACCGAGGAGGAAGUGCUAAGUUGUCUGUAUAGCCGAAAUCAUCAGGAUCCUUUAGCAGUUGCUUAUCACCUCAUCAUAGAUAAUAGAAGAAUAAUGAACGAGGCCAAAGACUUCUACCUGGCUACAAGCCCGCCAGAUUCUUUUCUUGAUGAUCACCAUCUGUCUCGCCCUCAUCCAGAGAGAGUGCCAUUCUUAGUAGCUGAAGCACCACGGCCUCGCCAUACUCUUGAUGAGCUGAAUCCACAGAAAUCAAAACACCAAGGUGUGAGAAGAGCGAAGUGGCACUUGGGGAUACGGAGUCAGAGUCGACCAAAUGAUAUAAUGGCUGAAGUCUGUCGAGCAAUUAAGCAGCUGGAUUAUGAAUGGAAGGUUGUAAAUCCAUACUACUUGCGUGUUCGAAGGAAGAAUCCAGUGACAAGUGCAUAUUCUAAAAUGAGUUUACAACUGUAUCAGGUGGACAGCAGAACAUACUUACUGGACUUCCGUAGCAUUGAUGAUGAAAUUAUUGAAGCGAAGUCUGGGACUGCAACUCCACAGAGAUCUGGUUCUGUGAGCAACUACAGAUCUUGUCAGAAAGAUUCAGAUGGUGAUGCACAAGGAAAAUCUGCAGAUACAUCCCUUACCUCAUCAAUGACCUCUUCACUUGAUUCUUCGACAGCUGACUUAACUCCAAGACCAGGCAGUCAUACAAUAGAAUUUUUUGAGAUGUGUGCAAAUCUUAUUAAAAUACUUGCACAAUAACUUUGAAGGAGGGCUUAUUUCUUUUACAGCAAUAAGCAUGCAUAAAUCUUAGUCAGAUGCUUCCAGUUGUAAUCAAUUUAAAUUAACAAAGGCGCUGAAAAAAAUACCUGCAAAAUGCAAUUUACCUAGGGACUGAAGUGAUUAUGAGCAGUUAGGUAUAUUGCUUUGAAGCUGGAGUGAAUUCUGAUUUUCUGCUAUUCAGUAACUUAAUACAGGUACAGGAAAUCACACGCCCCUUGGGCAGUGCUUGUAACAUUUUCAGUGAGUGCACAUUAGUAUUUAUAUAACAUUUACAUUACACAGUCAUUUUUAUCCUUCUUGUUGGUGAUGCAUACAUCUGGAGCACUGUAAGAAAAUGUACACUUACAAGUUCAAUGACCUAAGGAUGACUUGUUGGUCACUGUCUACAUUUGUGCCUCAGUUGAUCGGAACAGUUAAUGUCUCCUAACAACAAAGCAUUAAAACUGCUGUUCCUUCCCCCUUUAUUCAGCAGUAAAUGAGAUUUUAAACAAAGUUUGAUGUGCUAUAAUAUGAAAUUCAGUAAUUGAUAAAUUUGAUUAGAUGUUGGCAAAUCCAACCAGUUGAAAUUUUCAGGACAUGUAAGUGCUCCGCAGCACAGUUAUGAAUAAAACUCUCUGGGGUGGAAGUAGAGCAGUUGAAACCACAGCAGUGCCAAGAGAGACGGUGCUGAGAAGAUAUGCCAUGCAGUGGCCUGAAACAAAUCACUGCUCUGAAGCACUGUGAGCAAGCUGCUGCUCUGUGCAGGUUUGCUAGCUCAUACCAUGGUGUAGUAGCAGCACGGCUACUGCAGGCUGAGAAUUCCUUGAAGUAUAUGCAUGUAGCGAAGAGCUGGGUUGUUGCAUGUUAUUCUGCAAUCUGAAAUUGGCACACCUUUAAAAAAAAAGUUAAUACUUAGAUAUGUCUGCUUACAUCCCAUGUUAACUUACUAUAUGCUGUAUAGAAUUCACAUUGCAGUUUAAAUACAUCUAUAAGCUAAGUUUUUCCAGGCUACCCUCGUAUGAAUUUUACCAUUUAAAUUGUGGAAAUUAAUAGUGCAGUUUUUCAGUUGAAUGUUAAAACCUGAAAAUGACAACUAAAGUGUUAAUAGUUAGGAAGUUUUGAAAUGCAGAUUGCAGUCAUGGAUAACACGCAUGUAACACAAAAGCCAUAACUGCAGAAGAAAUGUUUAAGAAAAUGACCUUAAAUGCUGAAUCAGAUAUAUUUGCUCAAAAAUGUUAAAUAUCUUGUAAAUUGGAUGUACGUACCUGCAGUUCCAUUUUCAUUUAGCACUUAAUUUUAGCAUUUAAAGAUGCGUUAAUCAAUAAAUUGCCAUAAAACAUUUUAACUUCUUAUUUGGGGAUUUUUCUUUUCAAAAUAGACUUCAUGGCUUAGUUUGAAAGAUUGCUCUCUAAUUUAGAAAUCAAGGCAUUAAUAUAAACAGUGAAACCUGGUCUUUGUUUGAAAUGGAUGGGAAUUCUUGCCAACGAUGAGUCUAUGAUUCCAUCCUUGACACACUGCUAACUGCAGAUGACAAGAACAGUCUAAUGCAGUCCAAUUGGCUUCAGUCCAGAAAUUCCUGUUAGAAAUUUGAAGACAUUUGUAUCUGCUUAAUUCUCAGAACUACUGUAGCUCUUCUCAACUGGGCAAUUGUGUGGCCUGUCUUGUAUGUAGGUACAACUUCAGUUUCUUGUCUUCAAGUGGCGUCUCACACGAUCCCUGUAACGCAGGGUUAUAUUCCUGUAGCUCACAGUGGAAGGGUUCUCUUCGAUAAAACUUCGCAUUUAAACUAUUGAGAUGGAGAUGACAGGAUGUGGGACCAGCUAUCAAUCAUACUUUUAAGUUCUUUCUUCAGUUGUGUAAGGAAAGGUUCCGAUGUUCUGAAUAAAUAGGUGUGCUCAGUUUGUUAUCCUUUUAUUUUGAAACUUAAAUAUUGCACUUGUACAAGUAUAACAAACGCACAGAUUUUUUUUAUUGCAGUAAUUCCUCAUCUGGAAUUGGUUUGGGAUCACUGAAACUGUUUCCUGCAUAUGUUUAACUAUUUACAAAUGGUAUCUGCUCCUGGUUUGUAGAUUUGUAAUGCUGAUCACCAUUGCAAGAUGUAAAGGUGCAAACAGCUUUUAAUUUUUAUACACUUUUUUUGGCUCUCCUGUGCUUUAAGGCAGCCGUGGUUUUUACUUUGUCUUGUCUGAAUGAGGUGAAUUUUGUUGGUAUAACACAACAGUUUUGAUGGCCAAAGGUUUUGUGAUAGAACAGAGGGGUUUUUUUUAAUACAGGUUUGGGGAGGGAGGAUGGGACUGACAACCUAUUUGAAUUCAGUGCAGUUGUUUGUCAUAUCACUUUCUUAGGCUUUGUAGAUCUUUACUUUGAAACUGCUUUCUUCAGAUGUUCCUACUGAGCUUGAAGACCUUUUUUAGCAUCCCAUCAGGCUGAGACUGAACGUCACUGAGAAAAAUGCUAGGAGUGUAAAGAUGUAAUUGAUGCAAAUAAACAAAUUGGUUGAGUAUGUCACUCUGUAAUCCAAAGCAUUUAGUUGGAGUGUGCUGAAUUAUUUUUCCUGUGUGUUCUAACUUUAUGGAAGCAUGGAUAAACCUGGUUAUCUCUGAGCUCAGUAGGUAAUGAACUGAAAAAAAAAGUAUGAAUUGAUCCAUAAUGCUAAAAGCAACAAAGAAAAUUUCGUAUGUCUUGUUAUGAGUGUUAACUACAAAAUUGGAAGUGUUAUUUUACCAGUUGAUUACCAUUGUAAGAUAUGAAGUCCUAUUCUUUAAUAAAGAUGUGCCUACUUCCUA